AUGAAAUUAUACACAACACUAUGGAAUGGAGAUUCAUGGGCAACAAGAGGGGAACAAGUGAAAAUCGAUUGGUCAAAGGCUCCAUUCACGGCUGGAUUUAGAAACUUCAAUGCCAAUGCAUGCAUUCCUAUUCCAUCAAAUAAUUUCUUAGGUUUCAAUGGUGGCGAAAAUAAAGGUCUUAGUGAUGAAACAAGGAAGAAGCUCAAAGAGAUUUAUUCAAAAUUGAUUGUUUGUGACUAUUGUCGUGAUUUUAUACGUUUUUCUCGCGGUCUUCCUUAUGAAUGCCACAACCGUUUAACCGAUCGCCAAGAUGAAUAUUAG